AUGUCAGAACACGAGCAAUACCUUGCAGUCCUCAAGGCCUCUUAUGACUAUGAGCCUCAGUCAGAGGACGAGCUUGCGAUCACUGAGAACCAAAUCGUCCUUCUCCUUGAACGUACUGAUGACGAUUGGUGGAAAGUCAAGAUAAAAGGUGAAUCACAGGAGGAAGAUAGUCCAUCUGGCCUCGUCCCUGCUGCCUAUGUCGAGCAGGCUGAACACACGUCUCUUGUCAGAGCUAUCUAUGACUAUGAUUCUGCUGCACCCGGAGAGCUGUCUAUCAAGGAGGACGAGGUUCUAAUGGUCUUUGACCGCGAAGAAGAUUGGAUACUCGUUCAAAGCAAGGAGGGCGGUAAGGCUGGCUUUGUACCAGGAAACUAUGUUGAAGAUACUACUGGCGUGGAAAGCACACCAGCGCCGGCUUCUGUAGCACCUCGAAUUAUCAUUCCGCCAUCGCCUGAACCUCCAGCUCGCCCCUUGAGUGUGUAUGUGGACCCUGCCGACAGAGUUGCCCAGUCGAAGGCCCAAGCUCGUGUGAGCGACGAGAUCAAGACCUGGUCCGUGUCUGAAGUGGACAAGAAAGGCAAGAAGAAGAAGGGUACUCUCGGCAUUGGCAAUGGCUCCCUCUUCUUCGCAAGCGAAUCAGACAAGACUCCAGUGCAGAAAUGGCAAGUAUCUGACGUUGUGGACAUAUCCGUGGAGAAGAAUAAGCACGUGCAUAUUGACAUGGGCGGGCCCAAUGCAACAAAGUUGCACUUCAAUGUUGGAAGCAGAGACACGGCUGAUGCUGUUGUCGAGAAGCUGGAGAACUCUCGUACACUUGCGUCCGCCGAGCAACGUGCCGUCAUUUCUCCGCCACCGCGCUCGGAAGUAAGCAGCCCAAUCAAGAAGAACGGCGCUUCUGUGCGCUUUGCAGAGGAAUCUCCUGCAAUUAUACCGCCACGCGAAUCCUCAGAGGAGGAAGAGGGAGAAACAGAGGAAGAUGUGCAGGGUACUGAUGAUGGCGAGCCUGCCGUCGCAUUGUAUGACUUCGAGGGCACGGGCUCAGAUGAAUUGACCGUGCAAGAGGGUGAACGGCUCUGGAUCAUUGAGAAAGAGGGCGAAGAGUGGUGGAAGUGCAGAAAUGAACAUGGGAUUGAGGGAGUUGUACCUGCGUCGUAUCUUGAGAGUACUGGCGGAGCAUCUGUCACUGCUGAGCCAGAAGACGACGGUGCUGUCAAGCGCGAAGAGCAAGAGCGUCUCGAGGCUGAAAGGAAAGAGGAGGAACGAAGGGAGCGCGAGCGCACGGAAAAGGAGCGAAAGAAGGAGCAGGAACAACGCGCAAAGGCUGCAGCAGCAGCGGCAGAGGCUGAUAGGAAGCGACGCGAGAAGGAGGAAGCUGCUGCUGCUGCCGAAGCAGAGCGUAGGAAGCGUCAGGAGGCCGCAAAGCGUGCUCAACAAAAGGCAGAAAGGGGACAGAGCUCGUCACCCCCUUUUGAUAUAUUGAUCUCUCAGUCAUCCUCCGACCUCGCAAAUGAAAUCCAGAGAGUCGACUCUACACGUAUAUGGCACGACCGCAGUGGCCAGUUCCGUGUCGAAGCUGCCUUUCUUGGGUACUCCAACGGCAAGCUACGUCUGCACAAAGUCAACGGUGUUGUCAUUGAGGUCCCCUCGGAGAAAAUGUCCCUCGAGGACAUACGCUAUGUUGAGCGACUUAAUGCCAAGAACGACAACUCUCCUGCAGCGCCACGCCGUCACUCCGAUGAUGACGACCAGCCACUUGCGCUCAAGCAGAAGGAAGUUGUACGGCGGGCGACGAUGUCAGCGCAACCAAAGAAGCCGCAGACGGACUGGUUCGAGUUCUUCCUGAAUGCAGGCUGCGACAUUGAUGAUUGCACGCGAUACGCGACCUCCUUCGAACGUGACAAGAUUGAUGAGGCAAUCCUCCCAGACACUACCGAGUCCACAAUGCGUUCGCUGGGCCUGCGCGAGGGCGAUAUUAUUCGCGUCACGAAGCAUAUCCAGCAGAAGUUUGCGAAACCCAAGAAGGACACGUCACAAGAGCAGCUUAUUCGCGACGAAGAACUGGCACGGCAGCUACAAGAAGAGGAGAAUGGCACGAGGAGUAAAGGUUCAUCAAGUCCUGCGCCCAACCUCUUUGCUGGUCCUGGAGGUGUUCUCAAGAAUAAUACCCAACGCCGCGGGAGACCGCAGCCUAGCAAGUCUUUGCCACCACCGUCCGUCGACCUCAACGCCAUCACCACUGCCUCUGAUCAGAUUAAACGAACUGGUUCGCCUCUCGUCAUGAGCCCUGCCACUCUCACGCCUGUGCAGCCACCUCAGAGGUCAAGCUCAACGGUGCCCGUUACCAGUGGCUUUGAAGACGAUGCUUGGACGAACAGACCGGGGUCUAAACCUUCGGCUGCUAAUUAUCGUGCACCAUCGGCGCCACCAGCUGCCGCUACUGCACCUGCAGUUGCAUCUGUCUCGGCUGCACCUGCUGCACCGACGCCACCCCCUGCUCCAGCAGUGGCGCCAGCGCAGGUUGCAGCAACUGGCAAUGGCCUCGCAAAGACUGAUGCUGACAUCUUCGACCAGCUUGCGCGCUUGAGUCAGCUGAAAACAAGCCAUUCUUCUCCAUCCCCAGCGCCUGCCUCGGCUCCUGUUGCGCCAAGUCCACCAGUAGUGUCCCCACAGCCACCUGUCUCAUAUAACGCUGGCCUUGGAAUGGGUUCUUCUCCUACACCCAUCGGGCAACACCUGCAGAUCCAGCAAACAGGUGCGCAGGGCCAUCGUGGACCAUUCGCUCCUGUUCCGGCCAAUCAAGGUCUGUUGCAGCCCCUUGUACCCACUACCACAGGGUUCAACAACUUUGUACCAACGCGCCCAUUCAGCGCGUCGCCCUUCCAGGGCCAAGCACCAUCUCCAUUCCUGUCAGCGCAACCAACGGGCUUCCCCGGCACAUCACAACCACUUUUAUCACAGCCCACAGGAUUACCAUCAUCGGGACCACUGCUCUCGCAACCAACUGGUAUGUUCGGGGGGUCGUUUGGCACAUAUGGCGCUCGCCCGUCAUUCCAGAAUACCACAAUGCAACCAGUGCAACCGAACCCAACAGGAGUGUUUGCCCAGUCUCCAUUCAACAAUGUGGUUUCUUCCCCACCACCCGUUCCUUCCUUAUACUCCCAGCCACCACCACCACCACCCGUUCCUUCCAUAUACUCUCAGCCAAACUACUCUCAGCCAAACACUAGUUCCAACACAACACCGGCAAAUGUAUUUGCUCAGAUGAAAUCGGGAACGUUUGCCAGUGGGAAUGAGCAUUCCGGACCCCAGCAGGCAGAGACAUAUAAUGCCCUGCGCGUAAAUCCUAUCGCGCCUCAACCCACAGGAUUUGUCCCACAGACAACUGGGUGGGGAUUUCAACCGAGUGGAUAUACGGGAUACUAG